UUUUCCCACGGAAGUAUCCUCCCAUUUUCCAUAGGUUUCGCAAGGUUUGCAUUGACGGUAGUGUGCGUUUCUCUGUUGGAAGAAUUUAGUCGUUUUGGCAUGAAAUUCGUGUACAGCAGUAUUUGAAUUUUUGGAGGCAUGUCCAAGAAAAGGGGCAGAAAGCGGAGUAGCGGGGAGCUGAGUGACACCACAGUGAUGACCCCUGACCCCAACAGUCUCCUGGGAGUGAGAAUACAACACACCUGGAGGGAGAAGGGCAACCAGAGCAAAUGGAAAGGCACCGUCCUGGACCGUCUCAAUGUCAACCCCUCACUAUUCAUGGUCAAGUACGACGGGUUUGACUGUGUCUACGGCAUCGAGCUAUUCAAGGACGAAAGGGUGUCUAAUCUACAGGUUCUCACAGAUAAACUUGUCAACAACAAGAUCAAGGUUCCUCACGGGGCAGAGGAUUUGGUAGGCAAAGCAGUGGAGCACCUUUUUGAGAAGGAGGAUGGAGAGAAGAACGAGUGGCGAGGCAUGGUCCUCUCCAGGGCUCCCAUUAUGACUAACUGGUAUUACAUCACCUAUGAGAAGGACCCAGUGCUAUACAUGUACCAGCUGUGGGACGACUAUGCCGAGGGAGAUCUCAGGAUCUUACCUGAAGCAGAAAAUAAGCACUUGCUUCCGGCCGACCGAAAGCCAGGCGAGGAGACUGAGAGUCUUGUGGGGAAGCAGGUGGAGUAUGUUACUGACAAAGGUGUGAAGCGAACAGGCCUGGUGAUCUACCAAGUCCCUGCCAAGCCCUCCGUAUACUACAUCAAAUACGACGAUGACUUUCACAUCCAUGUCUACGACCUGGUCAAGACCACAUAGGACACUUGUUUACUCACUCCAUCGCUUACUUUUCACUUAUCCUCCUCUCUCUAUCUCUCGAACUACCUAAAGGCCCUGGAGGGUUUAACAGUUAUGCUUUGUCAUUCAGAAAGUGCAAUCUAUUAGUCCACAUUGAAUCUAGUUCUAUGAUAUGCACAGCAGAACUGUAGCAAUGAUAUUGUAGGCCACUAGGAGGAGGGUGGGAACGUGUACCCUUGGAAGGACCUUUUUACCCUCCCCACUUCUUUGGUUACCCCAUUUCCUGGUUGUGCUCCACUGUAGACUCACAUCUUGGACAGUCCAGGAGUGCAUCUUGCCCUAUGACAGACUCACAUCUUGGACAGUCCAGGAGUACACCUUGCCCUAUGACAGACUUACAGUAUAGUGCAAGAAUGACCACAUUUCAAUUGUUUCCCACAUCCUGAUGCUUUAUUCAAAGCAGAACUGAAUUAUAUAUUAUAAAACUAAAAGCUGGCCCCAGUAGCCAUUCAUAUUUGGUCCUUGAAUGGCCAAACAGCGAGCAUGAUGUAUAAGUGAAUCUUUGUAGAGACUAGUUUGAGCUGUUAUGUUCAGUAAAGUGUUAGCUUUGAAAGUGAAAUGCAGUAAGCUGUGAUGCCCAUGAAAGCAUCAUUACAUUUUUUUGUUGUCUUUAUCAAUAGGCAACUAACUUUGUUUGAUUUGUCAGUCAGUUCAUAGACAAUCAUUCCUUGAUAAACCCACAGUGCUAUCAUUGGAUUCAUAGCACUGGGUUGCACUGGCCUAGGAGUAGUGUAUAGCAGUGUCUCCCAACUCCAGUCCUCGAGUACCCCUAACAGCACACCAUUUUGUUGUUGGCCCGAACAACCUCACCUGAUUCAACUCAUUGAGGGCUUGAUGAUUAGUUAACCAUUGGAAUCUGUGUGCUUAUCCAGGGCUACAACAAAAAUGUUUGCUGUUGGGGUUAUUGGACAACUGGAGUUGAGAAGCACUGCUGUGUGGUGAUGGUUCAAACACUAUUUUGAACUGCCUAAUAUGGCCAGGAGUUUUUCUUGACCACACAACCUGAUGACUUGUCCAGAUCAGGAAAACUCCUGGCCCUAACAAUACCUGACCUGUUCAAAACAUCAUCAGACUGUAUGAUAAGCUUGAGUAGAAUAGAGGCAGGACUUUACACUACAUUCUGAUGUUCAAUAGAAAACAAACAAGCAUCAUAAAGUGCCUUCAGGCUGAUCAUGUUGUUGCUAACCUCUCACAAUUUUAUUCUGUUUAAUGUUAAAGCCACUAUUUGGUCAGUAUUAGUAAAAGUAAAAAAUGCUUGAAAGAAACAAACGUGUCAAAGACUGAGUGAAGAGGUUGUUGCUAUUGUCGGUUUGUAUUAGAGAAUAUGUGCAAUGUUGGCAGUUACUGCAGUAUACAAUAAUUUCCCCCAAUAUAACAUCCAUGGCCACAACAAGUGGUAUAUUGUAGCAAUGGUAAACCAUAAUGGUAAAACGCAUGGAGAAAAUAAAUCAUUUAUAACACGGCAUACAGUAUUUAAUCUGUAACUUUAGAUUGUGUUGUAAAUGUAUGCUGUUGUGAUUACUCCCUUUAUAUUGUAAAUAUCCCAUUGAAACACCAGCUUUAAAACCCAUCUACAAAUCUCACCUAGAGAAAUGCAGCAAAGACAUCUUCCAAAAAAUCCUUAGGCCUGGUCUCUUGAGGAAAAAUACAAGUUUUCACUUUUUAAUCUUAUUUUAAAGAUUUGAGAGUUACACUCCAUAAUGUAAUCCCAGGAAGUCCAAAACUCAAAUGGACUGGCUAGGAGAAUUCAGAUUUACAGUCUCCUGUCCUACUCACCACUCCAGGGUAUUCAGUCUAUCUUUUUACACAGUACAUUAGUCCAUGGUGCAUAGGGGUCAUUGUACUUAGGCUGUGUUUAGACAGGCAGCACAAUUCUGAUCUUGUUUUUCACGAAUUGGUCUUUUGACCAAUCAGAUUAUCUCUGAAAAAGAUCUGAAAGGAUCUGAUGUGAAAAGUCCAAUUAGCAGGAAAAAAAUACUGAAUUGGGCUGCCAGUAUAAAUGUAGCCUUUUAUUGUCAGAUUUGCAUGCAUAACUUGAAUGCAACCAAGCAUAUUAGUUAUGACAGUUGCAGAGGUAUAAUAUGAUAUAUCUGGAAGAUAAUUUUGUGGCAGUCUUUGCAGUCCAAUUUUAGUAAAAUGUUUAGCUAGAAAAUGUGACUGUAAAAAAACUAAAUUGUCAGGGCCUAUCUAUAGACGGGUUAGCUGACGUCAUGAAAACGAUGUGCACGCUUCAAUGGGGCAGAAGACAGUGUGUUGUGAUUCUGGAUGGUCAGAUAGCUAGCAACAAUGACAAGAACCUGCCACGUUUGGAAUCCGUAGGUGGCUCGUUUUAUCUAGUUCUUGAUACCAUGUCUUGUUUUGAGGCGUUUUGACUGAUUCACAUCUAUGCUAAUAUUCUGUAACGUUAUAUUUGAGGGACAAGUGUAUGGGGUCAAUUUCACGCUAUAUGUAUUGAAUUCAAAAUAAAAUAAAUGUGAACAUGAAAAAUAAAGUUGAGAAUGUUAACAUAUUUUCGAGAACUGGUGAAAUAAUAGAUGUUGCUCAAAAACCAAACAAUUGAAAGCAAAAUGUAUAGAAUUGUAAACAAAAAUACAUCAAAAACUUUUAAGCAAAUAAUUUUAAAGCGAGAGCAAAAACUCUAAGACAAAUUCUAUAUAUUAUAAUAAUUCUAUAUAUAUUUUUUUUUAUUUAUUUGAAAACUAAUGCAAAAAUAGUUUUCGGGUAAAUGUUCAACCAAUCCUGUUGAAUACAUUUUGCCUACGCUCUUGCCUGCAUGUGCCACCUUUUUGUUGCACAACUCGUAUCUUUUUCGAUGUCUGUUUCUUUGCUUUCACUACCAGUCUUUUCGAUUGCAAUUUUUGGCAUUAUUUUUCCGUGAAGGGCAGGAUUUAGAGGGAUGCGUAGACAAUGAGUCUCCAUUGGUUCACUAGUUUUGGAGUGACGGUUCGUCUUAACCCAAUCAAUGAACAUGAUAGACAGGCUUUUUUUUCUAUUGCCUACUUAGGUAGACGGUCUGACGUCACCUGGUUUUAGUUAACGUACUUCAAAAUUGUCCGUCACGGGUAAAUAAUCUACGGAUAUUAGAAGCAUGUCUAUCUAAUACAUUUAAUGACAAACCAUCUAACUACUUAGGUAAACAUAUGACUUACCUGUUGCACAACGUUCGGCACAGGUGUUGGUAACUGGUUCGCCAUACACCUGCACCGAACGUUAUGCAACAGGUAAGUCAUAUGUUUACCUAAGUAGUUAGAUGGUUUGUCAUUAAAUGUAUUAGAUAGACAUGCUUCUAAUAUCCGUACAUUAUUGAGCUGCGACUGACAAUUUUGAAGUACGUUAACUAAAACCAGGUGACGUUAGACCGUAUACUUACAGGCUUUUUUUCUAUUACCUAAUUAUCAUGUUCAUUGAUUGGGUUAAGACGAACCGUCAUUCCAAAACUAGUGGACCAAUGGAGACUCAUUGUCUACACCUCCCUUUAAACCACGCCCUUCGCGGAAAAAUAAUUUCAAAACUCGCAAUCGAAAAGACUGGCAGUGAAAGCAAAAGAAACAGCCAACAUAAGCAAAGAUGCGAGUAGUGUAACCAACAGGUAGUACAUGCAGGCAAGAGCGUAGGCAAAAUGUAUUCAACAGGAUUGGUUGCUAGGAAAGCUGAACUGAAAACGAUUUUUGCAUUCGUUUUCAAAUGUAUAUAUUUUUUUACCAUUUGUCAUAGAGUUAUCCUCUCGCUUUAAAAUAAUUUGCUUUCAAGUUUUUGGGUUUUGCUUCCGUCUUAUUUUUGUUUACAAUUCUAUACACUUUGCUUUCAAUUGAUUGGUUUUUGAUUUCAACAUCCAUUAUUUCACCUGUCCUCAAAAACAUGUUUACAUUCUCAACUUUAUUUUUCAUGUUCACGAUAUAUUUGAUUUUGAAUUCAAUACAUAAGGAGUGAAAUUGACCCCAUACAAGUGCUCAUUGUUCACAUGUUCACGUGUCGGUUUUGUUGCUAAACAACCAACCUCUCAAUGCUACUUGUAUCACCACCAUUUGUGUUGUGGUGUUUCUAUGUACAGUAAAAUGAAACUCCAAAAGAUUGUGAGCA